AUGGGCACCAAGCAGACGUCAACGGCUGCCAACAGCAAGAAAGGAAGAGUCGCACGGAAGCUAAAAGACACCACCGCGCAACCGAGCAAGCGGGGGCGCAAAUCAGACAGCAACUCGACGGACCCAGAGAAGAUCAAGGAAUGGCUCGACAAGACUGUUGAAGGUCCGUGGACAGUACAUGCGAUCCCCGUCUCCAACAAGCGCAAGCGCGAUGCGCCCAGCAAAAUGUUGGUCGAGGACCGACUAUUCGAAGAGCGGUUGAAUGUGCAGUACGAAGUGAAGCCGAGGGAUAGGUGGGAAGCUUUGAAGACAUACAAGAAGUUUACGGUGGCAUCUGAGAGCAUAGCAACAGGAGACUGCAUUCUAGUUGGACACAGCGACGGCGGCGAGGACGCAGAUACUGGAGUUGACCUGGCCGAUCAGUGGAAAGCGGUGGUUCUGGAGGUGCGAGCGCUCGACUCUGAGCACGUCUACUUACGAGUGGGCUGGCUCAAUCGUCCUGAAGACCUGGACUCGGGUCGCAAGGACUACCACGGCGAGAAUGAGUUGAUACCGACGAAUCAGAUGGAUGUCAUCGAUGCUAUGACGGUCAACGGCAAGAUCGAUGUCACUCAUUGGGACGAGAACGAUACGGACGCUCAGAUGGUCAACGAGAACCAGUAUUUCUGGAGGCAGACGUUCGACUAUGUCGGUAGUAAGACAUUUUCGAAACUACGCCAGAUCUGCAAGGACAAUCGACCUCAAAACCCAGACGAGAUGAUCAUCGAAUGCCCAAAUGCGGACUGCGGCAACUGGUUACACGCGAGAUGUGUUGUGGAGCAAGCGGCAAAAGCAGCGGCAGAAGAAGCAUCUGGCAAGGCCAAGUCCAAUACUCACAAGAAGCGUCAAUCUCGAAACGUCUACACCGAUACCAACAGAACCCCACCAGCUGCCAAAGCAAAGCAAGGCAACUUCACUGCAGAACUCUAUCUCGCAAGCCCACCGAGCACCGAACCCGACGAGAUUUCCGUCAAGCCAGCAGCAACGAAGCCCGAAAUCAUCAUCACAGACCCCAAAGGCGAGAAGCAAGCACAGGAUCUAUACUGCCUGUGUUGCUCGAAACCCAUCGAGUGA